AUGCAUCAAUUAUUCCUACAAGUGCAUAGUCUCUAUUGAACACAACCUUCUCUUCUCUUCUCUUUCUUUCUAUUCAAUUCAUUCCUUCACUUCACUUCACACCAUUUAUUCAUUACUUCAAUUUCAUUCACUUUCUCUCACUCAAUCAAUUCACUCACCUACCCUUUUUCUCUUCUCCCACACACUUUUUUUUUUAAUCAUUUGAUGUUUUUGAUGAAAAACGUCUUACAGUGUCUGAUACGUGUCGGUGUCUGAUACAAUAAAUUAUAUAUUUUUAAUUUAUUUUUUUAAAUUAUUGUUGGUAUUGAUACAACUAUUUAUGAUUCAUAGCUUUGUACCCUUUUGAAUCCUAUGUUUACUCAUAAUUUUUAUUUCCUUUCUUUUUAUUUAUUUUUUAUGUUUUUAGGCUGAAAUAGCUUGACCCAGUUUUGAUUUUCGUGAGUUUUGUUCAUUCUUCAUUGGAAAAGCAUAAAAAGAUAAUAUUUUUGGAUUUGGGUCUUGUCAGUUUCUUGUUUUUCUUUAACCUUAAUCAUGCGUAAUUUUCCUUCAUUUUCUCGGUAAAAAGUUGGAGAAGUUAAUUUCUUAACAAGGUUGAAAAAUGCUUGGAACUGCCCUGCAAUAUGGUGGUGAAGAUCAGUUUUACAUUCCUAUGAAAGCAAGGAAGAAUCAGAAUCAGCGUAAGAAAACUCAGAAAGACAAAAGUGAAGAUUCUGUUUCAAAGAGUGAUUUUGUUGAUUCUGAGAAUAGGAAUCUUAAUGAGUCUUCUUGUUGUCCUUCUGUUGAGCUUGGUAGUAACAUUGAUAGGUUCUUGGAGUCCACAACACCUUUGGUUCCAGCUCAGUAUUUCUCUAAGACAACAAUAAGAGGUUGGAAGACAUGUGAUGUAGAGUAUCAAUCUUACUUCACCUUGAAUUAUCUUUGGGAAUCUUUCAAGGAAUGGAGUGCAUAUGGAGCAGGAGUACCUUUGCUACUUGAUCAAAGAGAAUCUGUUGUACAAUAUUAUGUUCCUUAUUUGUCAGCUAUUCAACUAUAUGGUCAAUCAGCUAAGAACUCAAUUUCUAAGCCAAGAUACAUUGGUGAAGAUAGUGACGGUGAUUACUAUAGAGAUUCAAGCAGUGACGGAAGCAGUGAUAGCGAAUUCAAAAAAAGGACCGAAAAUUCUACAUCACAAAGAAGUAAUCAACAUCGAACAGGUGAUGACGCUUCCUUACAAGAUCUUCUUUUCGAGUAUUUCGAUCAAGAUCCUCCUUAUAGCCGUGAACCAUUAUCCGACAAGAUACUAGAUCUUGCGCGCCAUUAUCCGAGCCUCAAGUCAUUGAGAAGUUGUGAUUUAUUGCCAGCUAGUUGGUUGUCUGUAGCAUGGUAUCCUAUUUAUCGAAUACCGACCGGUCCAACAUUGAAAGAUUUAGAUGCUUGCUUUCUUACUUACCAUACACUCCAUACACCCUUGACAGGAAAUGCCGGUACUCAAGCUCCAAUAUUGGUAUAUCCUAAUGACAUAGAUGGUGUACCAAAUAUAUCUUUACCAACUUUUGCUAUGGCAUCCUAUAAGUUAAAGAGAUCUAUUUGGAUGCAAAAUGGAGUUAGUGACAAUCAGUUAUCAAAUUCUCUCUUGCAAGCUGCCGACAACUGGUUAAGGCUAGUUCAGGUGCAUCACCCGGAUUAUCAGUUCUUCGUGUCACACGGUAUACCCUAGGUGAACCGAAUGACACGAUUUAUCAUUACAUUCUCACAGACUAAACAAAAUCUUAAACCUAUAAUUAGAGCCUUAAAUUUACAUGUUCAUCGCUCGACGCAAACUUCAAUCUAUAGAGAAUCUCAUGGUGUUGGGACUACUGACGUCGGGAUUCGAAAAAAGAGAGCUUUGUAUAUAGAUAAAAUGGUGUCACAUAAAUGGAAGAAGGCUUCAAUGGAAGAGAAAGAGGUAGAUCCUCCAACCCUUUUUCAGUUCAAUAAUGGUAAGUGUUUUUAGACUUAAAUAUUAACCGAUAAUUAUGUUGUGAUUUAGAGAGAAAAAAGGGUGAAAUAUGUAAUUUUUCUGUAUCAUAACAAUUUUGGCUUUAUGUGUUAUAUACUAUAUGUGAUUAACAUCUUGUUACAUUGGUGUAAGGAAA